GGCUACGACGAUGGCCGCUGCCGUCCUCGCGUCGCUUCUCACACUUCCUCUGGUUACUUCUCUUCCUCGAUCUACUUCACUGGCCUCCAUCGGCCCCUCUCCUUCUCCUUCCAGCGCCACUCCGGCCAAUCCUUUCGCAUGGGGCACGUCACCAGCGCCACUCGGGCCACUCUCGGCCUUACGAAGCCUGCUCUCGUCGAGAUCCCGCAGAUCUCAUUCUCCGCUAAGGAGAUUGACUUUGCAGUAUGGAAAGGAGACAUACUUGCUGUUGCUGUCUCGGAGAACGAUAUGUCCAAGGACUUGGAUUCAAAAUUUGAGAACUCAAUCUUGAAAAGGCUAGAUGAGAAGCUUGGCGGUCUUCUGGCGGAAGCUUCAACUGAGGAGGAUUUCACUGGAAAAGCUGGUCAGUCUAUGGUUCUCAGGCUACCUGGUUUGGGUUUCAAAAGGGUAGGUCUAGUCGGGCUUGGGCAGUGUUCUCCUUCAUCCACCGCAACUGCAUAUCGAAGCAUUGGCGAGGCUGUUGCGGUAGUUGCAAAGGCUGCCCAAGCAAUCAAUGCUGCUGUUAUUCUUGCAUCUUCCAAUGGGAUUUCGGAAGAGUUCAAGCUAAAUGCUGCUUCAGCAAUUGCAUCAGGAACUGUGCUAGGAGUGUAUGAAGACAGCAGAUUUAAGUCUGAUUCAAAGAAGACACAUCUUAAAGCGGUGGACAUUAUUGGUUUGGGUUCUGGACCAGAGCUGGACAAGAAAAUCAAGUAUGCUAGUGAUGUUUGCUCUGGAGUAAUUUUUGGAAAAGAACUUGCAAAUGCACCAGCCAAUGUGCUUACCCCUGGUGUACUGGCAGAAGAGGCUUCAAAAGUUGCCUCAUCAUACAGUGACGUUCUUAUGGCAACAAUAUUAGAUGUGGAGCAGUGCAAAGAAUUGAAGAUGGGUUCAUAUUUAGGUGUUGCUGCUGCAUCUUCAAAUCCCCCUCAUUUCAUCCACUUAUGUUAUAAACCUCCAGGCGGUGAUGUAAAAAGAAAGCUGGCAAUUGUUGGGAAGGGUUUAACAUUCGACAGUGGUGGUUACAACAUAAAGACUGGGCCAGGCUGUUCCAUAGAGCUAAUGAAAUUCGAUAUGGGAGGUUCUGCAGCUGCUUUUGGUGCAGCAAAAGCCAUUGCUCAGAUUAAACCUCCAGGAGUGGAGGUUCAUUUUAUUGUUGCUGCAUGUGAAAAUAUGAUUAGUGGCACGGGCAUGAGGCCAGGCGACAUUGUCACAGCUUCUAAUGGAAAGACAAUUGAGGUCAACAAUACUGAUGCUGAGGGAAGGCUGACGCUUGCAGAUGCUUUGGUUUAUGCUUGUAACCAAGGUGUGGAAAAGAUAGUUGAUCUGGCGACACUAACUGGUGCUUGUGUAGUUGCUCUGGGGCCCAGCAUUGGAGGAUUCUUCACACCCAGCAACGACCUAGCAAAGGAGAUUGCCGAAGCUUCAGAGAUCACAGGAGAAAAGUUUUGGAGGAUGCCACUGGAGGAAAGUUAUUGGGAGUCAAUGACAUCAGGCGUGGCUGAUAUGGUAAACAGUGGAGGUCGUCAAGGUGGCGCCAUCUUAGCUGCACUUUUCCUGAAGCAGUUUGUUGAUGAGAAGGUCCAAUGGCUGCAUAUAGAUAUGGCAGGGCCUGUAUGGAAUGAUAGGAAACGUGCUGCAACAGGGUUUGGAGUGUCGACCUUGGUUGAAUGGGUUCUGAAAAACUCUUCUUAGAUCAAGUUGAGAUUCUGUAAAUGGAUGCAUCGCUCUGCGUCGAAUUGGAGCGGUUAUGGUGGUGGAGUAUCUUGUCGUACCAAUAACUGUAGUUGCUUUAAAAAACAAACUUGUAGCAAGGAAAAGCGCUGAUGAGCCUUAGUGCUUUUCCUAGAGCUGCAUUAAAUUGAAAAUGCGUGUUUUAAUCCAGUUUUACUUCACUGUUUUGAAAGCAAGAGCAAAUGGAUACAUUUUUCUCUUGUGCUUA